AUGAGACCCUUUUUGCUCUUCCUGCUGCAUCUGAGCCUCUGAUAUACUCCUCUGCAGAAAAAGUUAUGGACUUGCAGGAGAAGCCAGGUAGCAUUGUGUCGUCUGGUCAAGAGGAUUUUACUGCUGUCCCGCUUGACACUGCUGCUUCUCUUCCUUCCUUCUCUCCUUUCUCAGCUGAUCCUUUUAAAGAGCAUGCAACCUUUGAUAUGUUAUCAGAGGGAUUAUCUGCAAGAACCAUUUACAAAGAAAAGGGAAGUGAUAUUUAUAAAGAAACUACAGAAAAUACAAGAAAUCCAUUUCUCAUAGAGAAAAAUUUAAGAGAAGCCCCAGAGAUGGAAUACUCAGAAAUGAAAUCUCCAUCCACUAAAGUCGAAGCAACCAUUGUCUCCCAGACUAAAGAAGAAAUGCUGCUAGAAAAUGGUAAAGAAAUAUAUAGCCUAGGAAAAAUCACUGCACAGCAGCAGGAUGCGUCUCCAGAAGCCCAUAUGGAAUUGUUUGAAAAGCAUGAUGAAAAGGAGUCUUCUAAGAAAGCAAAAUAUGAUAUUGAUGAUGGUGGUGAAAAGAUGGCUUUGAAAGAAGACACUCCUUCAAGGGAACAAUAUGUAGAUUUCAAACCAUAUGAACCAAUAUGGGAAGUAAAAGAUACUUGUCAUGGAGUUAGCAGCUUGAAAGAGGCUGUAAUAAGUGAGGUAGAUCGCAAAUUAGAAAGCAGUUUAGACAAGAGAUUUGAUGCAGAUAAGAUGCUGACAAUACAGAAAGAUUAUGAAAAGGAGAGUGAAGGCAGUAAUGAAGAUCUUUCUUUCCCAAGCACCCCAGAAGCUCUAAAGGGAUCGUCACAAACUUACAUUACGUGUGCUAAAUUUGAACCUACCAUAACAUCUGAGGACAAUAUAGUCAAAUCUCUUUCUUUGUUGGAGGAUGGUGCUUCAGAAAACAAAACCGAUGAGAAAAAAAUAGCAGAAAUGAAAGUCCAGACAUGGAUAGAACGUGAUUUUAAAUUAGUAGGCAGGCAGGAAGGUCUAGAAGCUGACUAUGCUAAAACAGAUACUUUAUCAAAUAUAUCAUUUGAUAAUGCAGCAAAUGUGCCUGAAGGUCUAACUCCAGACUUAGUGCAAGAAGCAUAUGAGAGUGAAAUGCAUGAUGCAACAUGUACAAAACUUACUUAUGAAACUAAGAUUGAUUUAGUUCAAACAUCUGAGUCCUUACAAGAGCCUUUGAAUCCUGUAGCACAGCUCUGUCCCUCAUUUGAAGGACCUGAAGCUGCUCCAUCACCAGUCUUGCCUGAUAUUGUCAUGGAAGCCCCAUCAAACACUGGAGCUGCUUCUGCAGAUGCUAUUGCUGUACAGCUUGAAGCCUCCCCAUUAGAAACUUUUACUUCUGUGGCUAGUUAUGAUAACGUGAAACAAGUGUCUGAGAAACCUCCACUGUACCAAGAGGAACUGAAUAUAUCAUUAAAAGAGGCUCAAGGAAUAAAGGAAGAAGCUGCGUUCAAAGAACCUGAUCAUAAGAAUAGGGCUGUUACUGAAGAAAUAGAGACUCCUUAUAUAUCUAUUGCAUGUGAUUUAAUUAAAGAAACAAAGAUCUCCAGUGAAUCUCCUUCACCAAUCUUUUCAGAUUAUUCGGAGACACUGAUAGCAGAAUGUGUUUCGCAGGAUGUGCCUGAACAUAAAGAGCCUGUUGAAAAAUUGUCACCUCAGCCUGAAAACGAUGACGUGCUCAGCAAUCAGCCAACACCUGAUUUUCCUCAGAAAGAAAAUGAAGUUCCAUCAUCUCUUACUGCGACAAGUAAAUCAGUUGAAAACACUGGGAAGAUUGGAACAGAUCAUGGAAGUAUGGAAGAACUUGAGGAGCUGCUGCCUUCUACGGCCAAGCCCUAUCUGGAAUCUUUCCAACCUGAAUUGGCUUUUUCCAGAAUGCCGGCUCUGGUGCCUGUAGAGGCGGCUUCCAUGGAAAUAGACAAGAAGGAAAAAAUUUCCCUUCAGAUGGAAGAUCUGAAUGCUGUUGCCUAUUCAGCUGAAAUGCAUAUUGCUGAGGAGUCCAAAAUCGGAGACAAAGUUCUUUUACCCACAGAGUCCUCUCCAGUCCAAGUGACAGAAGACUUUGUGACAUUGGUCACCACUGAAUCCACGCCUAAACUGGUGACAGAAGUCUUUGGUAAAGAAAUACUGUACAAAGAUGAGAGUAAAGAGAUGACUAAUGGGAUCAAAGGUGAGCUGAGGCAGUUGCCUUGCCCAGAACUACCCCAUGAUCUAUCUUUAAAGAAUGUAAAAGUGAAAGCAGAAGAAAAUGUUCAUGUUUUGGAAAAACCUUCAGAGGCUGUAAACAGAGAAGAGCUUGAAAUAUCCAAGGCAUCCUUGCUACCUGCAGAUGUUUCAUCUUUGUCUGCUGAAAAAGAGGUAGUUAGUAUAGUAAAACCUGAAGCUCUUGAGAAAGAAGUGGAGAGAGAAGUUCCGUCUGGUAAAGAAAAGGAGAAAACUCCUGCUAUAUUUUCAGCAAAGCUGAGUAAAUCCUCAGUUGUUGACCUCCUUUACUGGCGAGACAUUAAGAAGACAGGAGUGGUGUUUGGUGCCAGCUUGUUCCUGCUCCUUUCAUUAACAGUAUUCAGCAUCGUGAGUGUGACAGCUUACAUUGCCUUGGCCCUGCUUUCUGUGACGAUCAGCUUUAGGAUAUACAAGGGAGUUAUCCAUGCAAUCCAAAAGUCUGAUGAAGGCCACCCAUUUAGGGCUUACUUGGAGUCUGAUGUUGCUGUGUCUGAGGAGCUUGUUCAGAAGUACAGCAAUGUUGUGCUUGGUCAUGUUAACGGCACAGUAAAGGAGCUGAGACGCCUCUUCCUAGUCGAUGACUUAGUUGAUUCUCUGAAGUUUGCAGUGUUGAUGUGGGUGUUCACGUAUGUUGGCGCCUUGUUUAAUGGUCUGACAUUGCUGAUACUGGCUUUGAUUUCACUCUUCAGCGUUCCUGUUAUUUAUGAGAGACAUCAGGCCCAAAUUGACCACUAUUUGGGACUUGUGAACAAGAAUGUCAAAGAUGCGAUGGCCAAGAUCCAAGCUAAGAUUCCUGGAUUGAAGCGUAAAACCGAGUAAAAAAAAAAAAAAAAAAUUGAAGCAACCGAUCAAUAGGAUGUUCAUCUAUAAUGGGGGAAAUACUCAUUUGGAUUGUGUGGGGGAGGGUCAGGGGUUAGCAAAACCUUGACAUUGCAGUGCAAUUUCACAGAUCUUUAUUUUUUAGCAACACAGUGUUUGAGGGAAAAAUACCUGUUUUUGACUGCCAUGUGUUUCAUCAUCUUAAGUAUUGUAAGCUGCUAUGUAUGGAUUUAAAACUACUCAUCUUUGUUUAUCCUGUGUGCAGCACUGGCUAAUACAAAAGAUUUAAGAAAGCUGUACAUUAUGCUUCAUCAGAGGUAGUCCUGCUGCGUUCCAGAAGAAGUAGUGCAGGUGGGGCGGAGGCUAACACUUCCCAGUUUGUGCGCUGUGUCUGGUCUGUGUAGAUUGAUGCAGGUUUUCUAAAAUGAGAUGUUUUAGAAGAAUAUACCGUUCUAGCAAGUUUGAAAAGAACCUUGCUUUUGGUAUGAGUAUAGCUGUAUUGUGAUUUUAUUGUUUUAUCAAUUGCCAAUUAUAUAUAUAUAUGUGUUUCACAAAGCUUAGGUCUUUCAGCUGCUCCACAGUGCUUGAUAUUUCAGAGACUUGACUGAUUUUUAGGACUAGCUCCAUAGCGCACAAGCUUGAAAACCAAUUAAAAUACUUCUAGGAGCACUAGCAUCAGUUUUAAAAAAGCAACUAUGUACAAAUGAACUUCCACAUCUAUAUAUAUGAAACCUACAGCGUAAACUUUGUUGCAUAAAUAUACUGUAGCUGAUUUUGAGUAAAUACUUUUACAGUCUCUCAAACUCUGCUAAACUGUGGACCGAAUAUCUAGUGCUGCAAAUGUUGUUUGGAAAUUUCGAACGUUGUUAUGCAAGAAAUUGAAAAUUUAUACACUUGCAGUUUAAGCUGUAUUGAACUAAGUCCGUGGAAUGCAUUGUGAAAUGUAAAAACAAAAAACCCAAGUAUCAAUAAAGCUUAUAGACUGAAAAAAAUG